AGUCGGAUCUCGCGAGAGAGGACGGAAGCCUGUGGGAGCCCGUGGCCUUUAAAGUGCGAUUCAGCCCUUUCCUCCGGGGCUAGUUUGUAAACACGGCUGGGCUCCGGGCUCGCGGGUGGCUGAAAGGACCAUGAAUUAGUGACCUGGAAAGAGACACUAGAUGGCAACUUGGGAAGUAUUACUUGCUUAGCAAGAGCUUAGAGAUUCCUGUUAACAGAGUAAAACUCAUGGCCCACCAGCUACAAAGUGUCUUUGCCAUGAAACAGAGGACAUGAUAAACUGUUUAACUUAAUGAAAUUCAAGUUACAUGUGAAUUCUGCCAGAUACUGGAUUUAUGACUUAAAACCUUCCCACAGAGAAAACUGCAGGCUCAUAUAUAGCUUCACUGAUAAAUCAAGGACCUGUGGAAUAUGAGUGAUGACAAACCCUUUCUAUGCACUGCCCCUGGGUGUGGCCAGCGUUUUACCAACGAGGAUCAUUUGGCUGUCCAUAAACAUAAACAUGAGAUGACACUGAAAUUUGGUCCAGCACGUAAUGACAGUGUCAUUGUGGCUGAUCAGACUCCAACACCAACAAGAUUCCUAAAAAACUGUGAAGAAGUGGGUUUGUUUAAUGAGUUGGCAAGUCCAUUUGAGAAUGAAUUCAAGAAGGCUUCAGAAGAUGACAUUAAAAAAAUGCCUCUGGAUUUGUCUCCUCUUGCAACACCUAUCAUAAGAAGCAAAAUUGAGGAACCUUCUGUUGUAGAAACAACUCACCAGGAUAGCCCUUUACCUCACCCCGAGUCUACUACCAGUGAUGAAAAGGAAGUACCAUUGGCACAAACUGCACAGCCCACAUCCGCUAUCGUUCGUCCAGCAUCAUUACAGGUUCCCAAUGUGCUGCUCACAAGUUCUGACUCAAGUGUAAUUAUUCAACAAGCAGUACCUUCACCAACCUCAAGUACUGUAAUCACCCAGGCACCAUCCUCUAACAGGCCAAUUGUUCCUGUACCAGGCCCAUUUCCUCUUCUAUUACAUCUUCCUAAUGGACAAACCAUGCCCGUUGCUAUUCCUGCAUCAAUUACAAGUUCUAAUGUGCAUGUUCCAGCUGCAGUCCCACUUGUUCGGCCAGUCACCAUGGUGCCUAGUGUUCCAGGAAUCCCAGGCCCUUCCUCUCCUCAACCAGUCCAGUCAGAAGCAAAAAUGAGAUUAAAAGCUGCUUUGACCCAGCAACACCCUCCAGUUACCAAUGGUGAUGCUGUAAAAGGCCAUGGCAGUGGAUUGGUUAGGACUCAGUCAGAAGAGUCUCGUCCACAGUCCUUGCAGCAGCCAGCCACCUCCACUACAGAAACUCCGGCUUCUCCAGCUCACACAGCUCCACAGACCCAAAAUACAAGUGGCCGUCGAAGAAGAGCAGCUAAUGAAGAUCCUGAUGAGAAAAGGAGGAAGUUUCUAGAACGAAAUAGAGCAGCAGCUUCAAGAUGCCGACAAAAAAGGAAAGUAUGGGUUCAGUCCUUAGAGAAGAAAGCAGAAGACUUGAGUUCACUAAAUGGCCAGCUACAGAGCGAAGUCACCCUGCUGAGAAAUGAAGUGGCACAGCUGAAACAGCUUCUUCUGGCUCAUAAAGAUUGCCCUGUAACCGCCAUGCAGAAGAAGUCUGGCUAUCAUACUGCUGAUAAAGAUGACAGUUCAGAAGACCUUUCUGUGCCAAGCAGUCCACAUGCAGAAGCGAUCCAGCACAGCUCUGUCAGCACAUCCAAUGGAGUCAGUUCAACAUCAAAAGCAGAAGCUGGAGCCACUUCAGUCCUCACCCACAUGACAGACCAGAGCACCGAGCCUGCACUCUCACAGAUUGUCAUGGCCCCUUCUUCCCAGGCACAGCCCUCAGGAAGUUGAUUAAAGACCUGCAGUGAAACAGUUUUAGAUACUGAUUAGUGACUUCAAAGGGAAAUCAAGGAAAGACCAGUUUGCAUUUAUGCGAAAUCUGUGGUUGUAAAUUUUUUUUUUUACUUGAAGUUAAAUUUGUCUCUAGAGUUGAUAUAGUAGCAGUUGAUGAUCAGACUGAAUACAUUUUUAGUCUCUGGAAGACUGAUUUUGCUUUUUUUUAUACAUAUUGUUAAGAUUUAUUAAUUUUUCUGUGCUCAGUGUGUAAAUUGUAUCAUAAUUCAUUGUGGUUUAUUUCACUUUGAUUUAGUGGUAUUUUAAUAAAUGGGGGUGUUACUGAAUCACUCUUCCCACUUCCAUUUCUUUGCCCACCCCUUCUCCCUGAGCUGUGAUGUUAGUCUUGUUAUCAUUUAUACCAAAGUUCUGCAGAAUCCCUAUGUCUUUGUAAUAUGAACAGAGCUGUAAGGCACUAGGGAAGAGAAAGACAGGAAGUUCCUUUUAAUCUUUUUGCCUUUUAUUUUGCACAUUAUGCAAAAGAAAGAAUAUUAGAGACACUUUUUUUUAAGUGAGUGAAAGUAUGGUAAGACGUUUAGUGCUUUGUGCACAUUCUUAGACUAAUCAAGGUCAUUCAUCGCCCUGCAAUGUUUUUAAGAUUAAGUAAACAAAAAUUUUGGAAUCUUGAGCAUUUCAAAAAUGACUUGAUUUUUUAAGUCUUAAAUUCAGUAUUUUAAACCUGUGUUCUUGAGGCUGAAAACUAUGAAAUUAUGUAUGAUACAGGGUUAUCAGACUAGUAAUUUUUUUAAAUUUGCUCUUGUCAUUUGGGAUUUGUUUUGUUUGGGAAUUUGUUAUUGUGUGUGAUUUUUUUUUGUUUUGUUUUGCAGAUUUCAGGUAGCAAAACAAGAAGCUUAUGCAUAAUGAAGUGUGAUGUGGUUGCCAGAAAAGCCUAAAAUUAUGACUUAGAAAUGUUCAGACUGUUUCCCCCAUUGUCGUACUUGUUCUUGCGAACUAACUUGUACUUAUUCUUGUGAAAGCACUGUCAUCUUUUAGUAGCCGAUUUUGAUAAUGUUUCUCGUGGAAAAAAAUCAGUAUCUAUCUUUAGAACAAUGUAAUUAUAAUGUGGGAAUGUGAGAGAAUGAGUGUGUGUGUGUGUGUGUAUGUAUGUAUGCAUCUUUCACUAGUUUAUGCCAGCGAUAUUGCUUGAAUGUUUAACGAUGCCUUCAGUGUGAUGCUGGCAAUAGAUGACUGCAGUUGAGAUGCCAUUACUGUGCAGGCUUGGAUAACUAACAUUCCAUGAUGUAGCUUGUUCUAAUGAGAUGAUUGUAGUUACACUUUGCUCAUUAUCCAGUCAUCUGUGGAAUACUGAGUUUUCUAAUGUGCCAUUAUCUAUUUUUAUUCUGCAGUUAUGUUAAAAAUACAGUACAAUAUUUUAAAUAGACUAAAUUGUUAAACAUAAAAAUAAAAAAAAGUAGUAGAUGUGUGUAAGAAAACUUUGUAAAAUAGUUAUGAGUCCUACCCAGUAGCAACUUCUGGCGUUCAAGCAGGAUUCCAUUCUGUAAAUACUUGUAAUGUGUUUAUAAUAAGUUGUGUAGUCUGUUCUGCAUCCAUACUACAUAAUUACUAUGGUCUCAGUGUCAUCUCUUAAAGAGACUGAUGUUUCCAAAGCCUAUAUGGAAUGCCCUUGAGAGUUCAGGGGACACCCAUCCCACCUGCCUGAGUUCCAAACUGGGAGACAUGCAAAUUAUAUAAAUGACAUUUCAGGACUUUUAAGUAUGAAGAUAAUAGGAAUUUUAUUACUUGGCUAUUAAAAAUGAGAGCAUUUUGUUUGCUGAUUCUACUUUGUAUCUAUUACUUUCACCUGAUCUCAUAUUUAAUCAGUUUUAAUCACAAUUUUGUCGUAGUUAUGCUAAGGAGUUGAUCUCAAAGGCACAAAACAUGAAUUCCCCAUGCAAGCUUUUUGUCGUAGAUGGAUAAAGUUGGUCAAAGCCUCCAUGUCUCACUCUUUGCACUCUCGACAUUGUUCUUUCAUCUUCCUAUUUGUGCGAGCUUCGGUUCUUUGGUAACAGAUUCUUGCAACUGUAAAGUAGAAGUACAUAGAUGUGAGAAGUCAUGUAACGGUUAAUGAGCUACCACGGUUGACAAAGCUCUCGUUGUAAAUCAGUCUGUACUCAGCAAAUAAGAAUCAUUAUUAGUUGUAUAAACACACAAAAAAAUUACAUUUUGAAUUCCAGGAUGUCACACUACUUCUGUACUUAGCAUUUUGAGUCCUUAUAUUUGCAAUGUUACACAAACUGUACUAUUUUCUUUUAUGUACAGUUUGCAUGACUAAACCAUCAGAGAAUAAAUUCUAUCUUUAAAUUAUA